CCAUCUUGUCGCGUAAGGAGAGCGGUGGGCAGGAGUUAGCUGCCCGUUAGCUCACAGCCGCCGUAGUAAAGUGGUUAUCUGUCAGCUAGUUGCUAGUAGCUGCUGCCAAAAGUGAGCUGUCCCCACGGCGAGAGGCAAACUUCGCCGACUUUGAGACGUUUUCUCCCCACGCUGCUGGAUUAUAUAUUAUUUUUUGACAAGCCGACGAGUUGUUUACAUCAUGAUGUCGCACAUGCUGGUGCCGAGGUAGGGAAAAGUCGCUAACAUCAGAUAACUUGGCUAACUGCUGAGAAGUACAUAUAUAGCCGAGAGAGGAGAGUGGUCUGAGAGACCGGGCCCGCCUCAGACUAAAGUACCGGUGGCAGCUGCUCAGCAAGAACUUUGACAAGGGCCCGUUUACAACUCCGCUGCCGGGACACAAGGAAGGCCGACCGUGUGUGUAUGUGUAUGAGAGAGUGUGUGAGAGGGAGAGAGAGGCCGGGAGAAGGAGAAGAGCUUCGGCCCGUCUGCUGCGACCGGACACCGCGGAAACGUUGCGGGACUCCUGUCGGGGUCUGGCCUCGGUUGUAACACAUUUUUUUGCUCGGACAGGAGGGAGAAGAAAGAGGAACGGUAUGGAAAUGUACUGUGACGGUACGUGUCUGUGUCAAAUCCUUUAUCUGUGAACACUUAGCAAGAGCAGUAAGCGCAGCACUUGGUUUCAUCUGGAAGCUGACAGAACUUGACGCAGUUAGUCAACAUGUCGAAAAUGCAGGCGAAGAAGAAAAGUUGUUUCCAGAUCACGAGUGUAACGCAGGCUCAGGUGGCGGCGAGCACCAUCCCUGACGACGCCGAGAGCUUGGACGAUCCGGACGAAUCCCGGACGGAGGACGUGUCGUCGGAAAUAUUUGACGGCUCUCGGGACGAACUGGGGGUGUGUGACAGGAGUUCAUCCGAGGAAACCUUAAGCAAUGCCGGGGAGUCUCAGGAGGGCCAUCUGCCUAACACGGGUCCUGUCAAUGGGGGGCUCUCUCAUAAUAUCAGUAUAGUCUCUGGGCGUGCUACCCCACAUAGUGUUGGAGGAAGUGUGGGCAUGCAAGCUACAGCUCAGCCCUUUGUUUCAGGCUCAGCCACCAGUGCGGUCCCUGGUUCCACUGUAUCUAGCAGUGCUGCUCAGACAGCUCCCGUGAGCACCAACUUUACUUCCCGUUUCAGAGUCAUCAAACUUGACCAUGGUACUGGAGAGCCCUUCAGACGGGGCAGGUGGACAUGCACUGAGUACUAUGAGAGAGAUUCAGAUUCAACUAUUAAUCGGAGUGACAGUAUAAAGUCCACUGUGACUCAUGACCACAGUUUAGACCGGGACAGUGGAUUAGGAGCCACUGGUAAUUCUGUCUUCAUUAGCAGUUCUCAGACUUUGGACACCACCACGGAGAGCGGCUACUCUGCCUCUGUUGGGAACCCCGCCCACCCACACCCUUCAGAGUCUUGGCAGCAAGGCUACAGCUUGGCUUCUCAGAUAGGAAGCGGAGCAAGUGCCUUCCAACCCACGGGGUACACAACUUCAUCAUCACAGCAACCACACCAGGCUCAGGUUAAUAUGUCGCCUGUAGCUGCCCAGACCUUCCCCUCUAACAGCUUCAAUGGUGUGCACCAAUCUACAAUGCAGCAGAAUACUCCCAUGCCUGCUGCCCCACAGGCCCAGCAGUUUCCUUACUCAACUCAUCAGCCCCACUUUGGCUCGAGCGCUCAGAACCUUCCUGUGACUUCCAUCGCUGUAGGGCCUCCAACUAGACAAGUGUCCCCGCCUGUAAUGACCCCUACUGGUCCUGGAUCAGUGGUGCCGGGUGGAGAAGCAGCUUCAGCACAGGGCCUGCCGCUGCAAGCUGGUGGCGCACCAUCUAUGGUAGCCCCCUGUCAGGCCGCCAGUCAGACUCAGCCUUCAGGAGGGUUAGGCAUUGCUCCUGCACCUUCCACCACCACUACCUCUCACAGCGGUGGCCAUAAUGUGCCUUCCACAGUGCCCAGUAUAGCCAACACUUCUCCAGGUGUGCCAAGUCCCGGACACCCAGGAGGACUUGUCCAGCUCCAGGGAGCUCACGGAGGAGCCACAGUAGGCCUUCCCCCUGUCUUCAGUAACCAGCCAGAUGAUAACGGACCGAAUACUGAUGCCCUACCUCAGCACAGUGCCGGUGUGGUGCCAGAGAAAGAUGGUGUGAAGCCUCUCAGCGAGGGCCCUAACCUGGCCUCUCCUGCUGUCAACAACCUGUUUGGCAUCCAUAUUACCAUGGAUAUGGACGGGGACAGGAACCCGUCCACUGCUUUCUACCAGGCUUUCCGGCCUAGCCGAUUACGAGGGUCAAAGCCCAUCAACGAUAGACAAGAGCUGAAGCACAGUGCAUCGGGAGCCAGCGUCGUUGCCAUCGAUAACAAGAUUGAGCAGGCAAUGGAUCUGGUGAAGAGUCACCUGAUGUAUGCUGUUCGUGAGGAGGUGGAGGUGCUGAAGGAGCAGAUCAAGGAGCUGUACGAGAGAAACUCUAUGCUGGAGCGCGAGAACGCCGUGCUGAAGUCGCUGGCCAACUCGGAGCAGCUCAGCCAUCUGACCAAUCAGCUCACCCAUGGCAGCAGAUCGCCGCCGCUGCAGCAGCAACACCCGCUCGUCACAAACAGCACCCCCUCUCUGGUUCACCACGAGGGGAGCCAGAGCGUCCCUCAUCAGCCCAACAUCACCUCAGCGUGAUUCCCUCUUUAUAAACUGUCAGAAACACACGUCCCACGGACAGGAGUCUGUUAGCAAAGGCAACAACUAACUACUACCGUCCCCUUAACCCCAUACAGCAAAUGGACUCGGCUCUGUGUUCAAAGUGCUCCACUUGAGGACAAAUCAACAAAGCAACAUCUGUGUUUGUCACUGAGAGCCGUGUUUCAGCGUGUGCUGAUGUCAUCAGGCCUUCACGUUAUUUAAGACAUUUACCAUCCUGUGCAAAGUCUUAUUCAGGCCUUGUGUUUGGCUGCAACAGAGCUGAAAAAGGAGGAGAUGAGGGGCAAAUGGGUGGGGGGUGAGCAGGGCAGCCAUUGUGCAUUUAAAAAAAAAAGAGAAAAGAAACAAAAACCAACAACUGCAUGUUGAUGUUGUGUAGGGGAUGGCGGGGGUCAGAGGGCACAGAGAGCUGGAUUUGUUGGGGCAACAAAUGGGGGAAGACAGCAGCGUGUCCCUGCCAGGGUCCAGAGGGGUGACGAGGAUCCUUGGAAACAUCCAACAGAGACUGACCUCCCAGUGUCUGCACCCAACGUCACUGCAGGGCUGGAAGAGGCCAAGAGUGCAGAGAGGGUGAUGGAGAGGUGGUUUGGAGGAUAUGUCCUCCCUGAGCGCAAGAGGACGCCACCGGCAGGCGGCUCAGCUCGAGCGGAUUGAGCCGACAGCCUCGGCUUGUUAUAUGCUGCAUCGAAAAAGCUUGUGUUGUUCUCAGAGCCACCAUACGUUUGACAUGAAUCAUAAUAAAUUUUCAUUAGUUCAGUUUUAGUAUUUGCGUUUAUUUAUUUCAGGGCUGCUAUUUUCAUAAUGUAAAUGAACAAUGUCAUGGAGAUGCUUAUUAAAAAACAAAAAAGAAACCUUUUUUUUUCUUUUUGGUCUUUUGGUAUUUAGAAUCUGUCGGGUAUUAAAUUUGAUAGAUUCUUGCAACUUGUAGUUCUCAACAGGUAGGCAAUAAGUUUCCAAAAAAAUAGACUUCUUUUUUUUUUGCCUCUUCAUGAAAUAGUGCUAACACUAAAGCUGCGCUUACAUUAGAUGAAAUCCAGGUUGAAUGUAUAUUUUGUAAAGUGUAAAGUAUUAAGAGCAUGGGCAGUUUGUACGGGAGAACACCUGUUGUUUAAGAUAAGUAAUAUGUGAUGGGAUGUUUUGAUAAAGAAAACUGUUGAUUAACUUUUUUCUAGACUUUCUUCGUCAAAACGAAAUGAAUUUGCUGGGUUUGGCUUUGGGGGGGAUGAAAAGCUGUGAAAAUUGUUUGACCUACUUUAUAACCAAAGACACAAAGCUGUGUAAGUCUUUCUUUUCCUUUCCAAUCCUUUUUUUUUUUUUUUUUAAGAAAACGCGCACUUAUAUAUUUUUUUUUUCUACUCUCUCCUUCCUUGUGCUUCUUUGUUGCCAUUUUGCAUAUUCUGCGUGAUCUGUAAUCAAACCACUUUGGUACCUCAUAGUUUUUAUCCAGAACUCUUGUUUUUCUGUUGAAUGAAAAUCUGAAGGUUUCUGAGAGAGAAAAUGGAUAGGAGGUUGGAGUAAGUAGCUGAUGGUGUGAGUUAGAAGAAGAAUGGAAGGAAAAGUCUGGUGCAUGAGGCGGGAAAAGGAGCAGUCUUUGUUUUCAUCCAAAUGCUGUUAAAUUUCAUAUGCAUUGCGAAGGGUUUGUUACAUUGCAGAGUUUGAUGAAUGCACCAUUUAAUUGUAAUGCACAACAGUUUGCUUACAGUGGAAAAAACACAAAAACUAAACAGCAAUACUUGCAGCAAAAUGAAACAAUCCAAACUAUUAAACAUUUCUCACUUUCAAGCUGGAACUCAAUCAGCUGUGUAUGAGCAUAUUAUGGGAUAUCCUGUCUGUAAUCGCGUCUUUUGUGCCUCCUCUGCUGACGCUUGCUGUCAGCAGGCCAUCGGCGUCUUUCUCUGUGGCUUAGAACCAAAUUGCUUGGUAAUUGUACAAUCAGUCAUUUUUCUUUUCUUUUUUGGCAAAUGGGCUUCUCUUUUUUUUCUGUUCUUUCAUUUGAAGGAGAUACCGUGUACAUGCCAAAUGUACUGUAUGAAAGUGAUCACUGAGCCUUGGAGAAAAUAUCUUAACGAUGCCCUUGUAAUGUGCUGUUCAGACAAUUUUAGUUUUCGGUCAACGACAACAACAAAAAAAAAAUAAUAAAUUACUGUUUUAUUAUGA